UCGCACUUCAAAAGGUGAGUAUUUCCACUUGUAUUAUGUAUGGUUAUUUUAAUCGAUCAUCCAAUAUGAUUUAGUAUGAUUAAAGGUCUUUUGAUGGCAACAGUUUGACCCCGGGACAGAUCAUUUGCGAAGCCUCCUGCCGGUCAGCUUAGCGCCGGUUGCUACUUUGCUGAUGACAUCAUCACAAAGCUCCCCCAGAGGCUCAGCACGCGUCCACCUGUCACUCACUUCAGUGUCCAUGUCGCCAUCGUGAAGACAAGCUGAGCACAGCACAGACGGCGGCAGCAGCUGCGCUCGCAGGCUAAUCCAAUCACAGCAAACGUUUGGCGCUAAUUGACUGACCUCAAUCACUGAUUGGCAGACGGGUCGCCAUGCCAACAGUCAAGGGCAGGAAGAGGAAGUCCAGGAAAGAAGUCAACGAUGGCGACGGUGAAGUGGUUUGCGUAGACGUGGAGAAUGAGGAAUUGACCAAUCAGAGAAGAGAAGCCGCCACGCCGCCCUUCCUGGACGUGGCGGCACCACAGAAAAAAAAGAAGAAGAAGAGGACGCCAACAAUCGAUCAGCAGGUGGAGCAUGUCGACACGCCAAACGGGAACACGGCCGAAGCCGCGGUGGACGAGGACGAAUCCACGGUCGCUGUGAGCAGAAAGACCAAAAGGAAGAGGAAGGCCAAGCCCACGGAGCCUCACAGCGACGACCUCGGCGCCGAAGAUGACGACAUUGUGGCGGACGCCCCCUCGCCCAUUCCCCAGCAUUCCUUGUUCUCCGCCCCCCAAGGACAUAGUCAACCUGUUGGCAGAGUCUUUAUGGAGCGAAACAGGCGUUUUCAGGCAGAGCGAGUGGAGCAGUUCCGACAUCCCGAGCAGGUGGACGACUACUUGGAGCCCAGACAGAUGACGUGGACCACCAGAGACGUAGCCAUGAAAGUCCACAGCAGCUUCAGGGUUGUGGGCCUUUUCUGCCACGGCUUCCUGUCCGGUUACGCCGUGUGGAACGUGAGCGUCGUGUACGUGCUUGCCGGCGAGCACAUGUCCACGCUGGCCAAUCUCCUGCAGCAGUAUCACUCUCUGGCCUACAGCGCGCAGUCGCUGCUCUACCUGCUGCUCGCCAUCAGCACCGUGUCCGCCUUCGACCGAGUGAACCUGGCCAAGGCCUCCAUGGCCCUGAGGGGCUUCAUCACGUUGGAUCCGGCCGCUCUCGCCUCCUUCUUGUACUUCAUAGCGUUGAUCCUGUCCCUCAGUCAACAGAUGACUAGCGAUCGCAUCCACCUGUAUCCCACCGCCAACAACACUUUGUGGCCUCCUGGAUCUGAGGAGCAGAUCUUGCGACCGUGGAUCGUGGUCAACCUGGUGGUGGCGCUGCUGGUGGGCCUGGCUUGGGCCGUCAUUUCCACGCGGCCGAGUGUCGACUACACGGAAGAGUUCUUGAUGUCCAUGGAAGUUGAGGGCUAUCCCAGAGGCGAUGAGAACUCGGACAUUCCAGCCUGAAACCUUGUCUAAAAUGUUUACUGUAUUUAUAUUUUCAAAUUUUUUUUUGUACAAUAUGUCUUCUACAUUUUUUUGUAUUUUUGUGAUUUGGUGAAUGUGAAAAAUAAAUGUAGCGUCUGAGAGCCAAAUUGUUGUGCGGUGCUUGUGCAACUUUUAAGCAUGAGGUGGCGCUGGUUCCUUCUGAAUCCAAUAAACGAGUACAGGUACAGUACAUAUUGG